AUGCCAGACCAGGACCUCCUCCGUGAGUAUCGAAGGCAAGAUAUGUGCGAUUUACUUCGACAACAAUGACGUUGCUCAUAAAACUAACGAAUUUCAGGUGGUCGGAUUUAUUCAAUCCCUUCUUCUCCCAAUGCGAAGAUAUCUGGGACAAAUUCGAGAACGAUCCGCAACUCCUCGAAGCUUACGAGCUGUGCCAUCGAAUGGCUGACUGCUGGAGACCAGAUACCGUAGAUCAUGUAGCGAAAUACUAUGAACGUAAACGUUCUCGCGGCUUCGAGCACCUCAGGCUUCGUCGGAAGCAUAACCUGUCUAAUAAAAGCCCUGGGCAUAUGUCUUCUCCAAGAAUCCAGCAAAGAAGGGGCAGCCUCAGUAACAUCAAUCGUGGAAUGUUCUUUGCACGACAAACUCGACAGAUGCAGCACCAAUACUCAGCUGAAGACUUCCUGCAAAAGAAGCAAAUGAGACGACACAGUUCAAGCCCAAGUCUAAAUGCGUUGAUCAAGAAACGGUAUAUUUGGCGGUUACUCAUUAUUCAUCGCUUGCUAACUGCUCUCCAGGAAACACUUUUCAGGAUCGUCGGAUCAGGAACCAUACAGGAUACCUCCUGCAGGAAGUCGAGUGGGUCGAAGGUUGGCAAGGCCCAAAAAGCGUCGUAUUGCAAAUUCAAACAGGAUGGUUCUCGAAACCCGUGAAGGAAAGCCCCAAAACAAUACCAUGUCCGCUUCGCAUAAGGAGACACCAAGGGAAGCGCCUCAAAUACAGCCAGAUGAGAUGGAUUUCGAAUCCCUAUCAGUUGCGGAAAGUGCGCCAGAACCUGCCAGAUUUGAAGACCCUCAGAUUUCAUCCAUCGUUGAAGAAUCAGGCCAGGAACUUAGAUUGUCCGAUGGUCCCAGUCCGGCUCCAGCGGCUAAUCCGCCUACUCAGCGUUACAACGAAGGUUUUUUGAACCGCGCGGACUUUUCUCGGGUGUGGGAAAGUUCACACAAAAAAGGAGACAAUUCCAAUGACGCAGACAACGAAGCAGACUGAGGGAGUUGUCUGAGCGAUUUGUUGAUAUCCAAGCAUGUUGCAAAAUCCAAAACAUCAAAAUAUCAGAUGAUACUUGCUUUGUGGUUUUGGAUAAGCUGGUGUGAUUCAUAG